UUAAAAAUGUAGAGCUAUUUUCGAAUAUUUUUCUAUUAAUUUAAUCGCAUUAUCGCCGAAUAAAACACAAAAAAAUCAACAAAAAACCAAAGCAGCUCAUCACAAAAUCGCUCAACGCAUCAAGAAACCCUCAAAAAAAUAAAAAGAUCAAGAGAAAAUCGACAAAAAGUGAAAAAUGUUCGUCCAUUUUUGUUUUCCGACUUCUAAAUAAACAAAAACUGCGGACUUGAUUAAAUGAACUUCUGGCAGAAUUCCCCUUAAAAAAUACAAAAAAUGUGCAAUCAAAUGAAAAAUUAAAACGGAAAAUAAAAACAAUGAAUUUGCCUGCCUAAAAACCCGCAAAUCAACGAAAGCAAACAACAAUUCAACACAAAACGAUGCCCGAAUACCAGAUGAGAAUGAGCAGCAAAAUAUUCAACUACACAACGAACGAAUUUGAGAUUGUGCGUUAUGAAAAGGACGAGACAUGCGAAGAGGUUUGUCGUCGUUUGUGCAUCCAACAUGAUUUUACGCCGAUUGUCGAGACACUUUUUGGUUUACGAUACGCGGAUUCGCAACAAUGGUUGCCCGGAUGCAAGAAACUCGACCCAAAUGUGCAAUAUGAGUUCAGAUUGCGAUUUAAACUUGAUCCGGUGAGAAAAUUGAGCGAUUUGGACAAAGAAGCGUACGAUUAUUACUAUUUUCAAGUGAGACAUGACUUGUUGGCGCAAGAAAUGCCCGGAUUGGAUUAUUCGGAGUUUACAAAUCGCAUUUUGGGAUUAUGUACGACUGAUAUGUAUCGAGAAUUAAUCGAACGCAAAUCGACUGAAGAAGAGCUCAAACGGAAUUACAAAAACUACAUACCGCGUCACAUAAAACGACAUCAUCGACUGUUCGUAAAACGACGAAUUUACAGCUUUUUGGACAACAUCAAGCACAAAUCGCACGAUAAAUUUUUCCCUUCCAGCUUCAUCCGCGAGGCAUAUUUGAAAGACAUUCACAAAAUCGCGCCGGAUUAUCUCACGGAAACCUUCGUCGCUGAGAGUAAUUACCUCCCGGAACACGGAUACACGGAUCGAGGCAUCGUUCAAAUCAAGAUUCAAGUCACGCCGCAUCAUAAGGAGCAACCGGGAAUUCGAAUUUUCUACCCGUACAAGGACACGUGCGAGCAUUAUCGCAUGGAAGACGUCAUCAGCAUCAUGAACGACACACACGACAACUCGACAAUCCUUCUCGUUGUGAACAGGAGCAGAGAUCCGAUGAAAUUCACGAUAAAAGAUCCGCAAAUUCGUGAAAGUUUGAUCACGUGUGUCGCGGGUUAUUAUCGUUUGAUGGUAAAAUGGACCUAUAACAUCUGCAACGAUUAUCCAUCGCCUCUGCUGAACAAAUUACUUGAGAUGAAGUGUCAUGGGCCCGUUGGCGGCGCAUUUUCAUACAAGAAACUCGAGAGAAACGGAUUCAAGACUGGAAAUUACAUCAUUCGACAGUGCGAGGAGAAUUUUGGGCACUUUUUGAUCGACAUUGUGAUAAGAAACGAGCCGGAAACUUUUAAAAUCGUACAAAAAGGCACAAAAUUCAUCUUUCACAAACGCGAUGGAACAACGGAAACGUUCAAUGAACUCGAUCAACUUGCCAAAAGUAUAGAAUUGCCGCCCGGAGAAACGCAUUUGAGAUUUUCGCCGAUUUCAGAGAAAGAUAAACCAGUGAAAUUGUUGCUUUGUGCGACGCCUGAGACGUUACAAGCGAUUGAAAAGGUGAAGGAUUUUAAUGCAAUGGAAAAUCGAGCGCCGAGGAUAAUUAAUAAACAGUCUUUGUUGCUGCAUAAACAAACGGGUCGCGAUAUCGACUUCAAUCGCAUGGUUGAAUGCCAAGCUGAUCUCCUCUUGCCGACAAACAAACGCAUCGACUGCAAAAUUAAAUAUCUCAAACUGACGCUUGAACGAGAAUUUCUCUCUGGCUUUAUGGAUCUCGCCGAUUUGUGGGCAAAUAUCGAUUCGCAGGACAUUCUUCGUUUGUACGGCGUCACGCUACAAAGCAACAAUCGAUGUCUCAUUCUCGAAAGUUAUCAGUGCGACAUGAAAAGAUUCUUGCGUGACAAAAAGCAACGACAACAACGCGUGCCAACGAUAAAUUUGAUCGACGCAACUCAAUGCCUCGCAAAAGCCGUGCUUUAUUUGCAGGAUUCGGGAAUUGUUCACGGAAGGAUUCGGUGUUGUAAUGUCUUCGUGAAGAGUUACGAUAAAAAUUCUAGUCUAAUUGUAAAAUUAGGAGAUCCGGGAUUGCCUCGAUUGUACGAUAUUUCAGAUAUGCCAUGGAUCCCUGUCGAACAUUAUCAGAAUUUGGAAAAGGCAAAAACCGAUGUAAAGACUGAUGUUUGGGCAUUUGCGACGACAAUUUGGGAGAUUUUUAGUCAUGGCGCAGAUAUAAAUAUCCCGAAUCCGGUGCAAUUUUUCGCAAAUGGCUCGAGAUUGAGUCCCCCUGAGGAGUGUCGAGAUCGAAAAGAAAUUUGGGAUAUAAUGAAAGAAGGUUGGGAUGAAGACCCGGAUAAACGUUUCUCAACUCAAUUUGUUCUUUCACGACUUACGAUAGCGAGAAAUCGCAUCGACAGCAAUUAUUCCGAGAUAAACACUGAACGCCAUUACCGCAUUAGCGAAGCAGAGACCAAUUACACGAGCGGAAGUGUUCGCACCGAAGACACUUUCAUCACGGAUCAUUUUCCGAGCAUGUCAAAUGGCAACGGAUACUCCCAUUCUUCGCUCAAUUCCAUGAACUCCUCGAUGAAUUCGCUCGCGAUGGCAUCGGGCGAUGAAAUUCUUCAGCCCUUCCUCGUGCAUGAGGCAGAAGAAUUCGAACGUGAUCUCGUGAACCAAAUUAUUACGAUAGAUAACGACACGAUAACCUUCAAAACGGUCAUCGGAGAGGGAAAUUUCGGAAAAGUGUACAAAGGAACGUUGCUCGACGGCAAAACUGAGACAAUGACGUCCGUUGCUUUGAAAGUUUUGCCAACAUCGGGCAAAGGAAAGUUGAAUGAAGCGUUGCAAGAGGCGAAAUUGAUGCAAAAAUUGGACCAUCCGAAUAUUGUGAAGAUUUUGAUGUACAAGGAGUUUAGUUGUCAGUUGGUUAUUGUGAUGGAAUUGAUGAAAAAUGAGUCGCUUGAUAUUUAUUUGAAGAUAAAUCGACCGAAAAUUAAGUCGAUAAAGCUUAUGAAGUUUGCCAAAGAUAUUGCAAGUGGCAUGCAAUACCUCCAAACAAAACAAAUUGUUCAUCGUGACUUGGCAGCACGCAACGUUCUCGUCGAAAGUGACAAUUGCGUAAAGAUUUCCGACUUUGGACUCGCUCGCUUUACCUCCGAAAACGAUUAUUACAGCGUUCAAACGACAGAUCGCGCUUUGCCCAUUUUGUGGCAUGCUCCCGAAGCCAUUCGCCAUAACAAAUUUUCGAGUUUAUCGGAUGUUUGGUCCUUUGGCAUCGUACUUUUCGAGAUGUUCUCGUGCGGCGAAAAGCCUUAUGAAAAACUAAACAAUCGAUAUACGGGCGCUGAUCGCAGUACUCAACUUCCGCUCGCUCUUGAUAAAUUUUUAGAAGACGGAGGACGCAUGGAUCGCCCUGAUAACUGCCCUGAAAUAGUGUUUGAACAAAUAAUUGAUCCGUGUUGGGAAUACGAUCCGCAUAGCAGACCAACUUUCACUGAUUUGCUCAUCACGAUCGACAAAAUUAUCGAAAGUCACAAUGAUGAUGUCGAGUUUAACAAGUGCUACACGUGCUUUUAAGACGAAUUUUUAGCUCUAAAUACGAAAUGCAUGGAAAAGUUGUCAUAAAAUUACUAAAAUUAAUAGAUGUGCCCUUAAAAAACAAUUUACACAAAAAAAUUGCUUGAAAAACCUGAAAACUGAGCGCUUUUUAUAAAAAAGCCAAGAAAAUUGUGAAUUUUAAAAACUCCUGAUGUCUAUGGUUCCCAAUAUUGAUGAAUAUUGUUAAAGUGCCCUUUAAUGAAAAAAAGAUGAAAAAAUGAAUUUAACAUUAAUUAUUUUUUGCUUUAAAUCAUACUCGAUGUUACUUAAAAAUAGAAAUUUUUUUAUCUUUUAUAGCCAACUUAACAAAUUAAUUUAACACAAAUUUGUUUAAAAAUUGAUAAUUUAAGUGCAAGUUAGUUUAUAUUUGUAGAUAUUUCUUACUAAAUCUUAUAAUUUUAAUUUAAAAA